AUGAUUCGAGGGAGCUCCUUCACUCCUGCUCGCCGGAGCCAUGAUCUCCUUCGAAACCCUCAGCGGCGGCAGCGCGGGCAUCUCAGGAAUACUUUCUCCGGAGAAGCGAAGGGUGCGGAGGUGGAGAAGGACAGCAAGGUACACAGAAACUUUGGCGAUGAAGACGAUCAAGGUGGGAAAGCGAGGGGAAUUUCUGGAAUUCACGUGCCGAGGCAGAAGUACAUUCCUGUUUCAAAGACUAAGCUUCUCCGAGCUAUUCUGGAGAUGUUUGAAGUGAAGGAAGACGCUGAUUAUUUCACGAAGCUCUCUGUGUGUCUGGACUCCAUUCUUCAUGCUGAACAUAAAGGUAUCCUUGAGGAAAUGAGAAGCUAUUAUUCUUCUUAUUUGCAAGACCAACCAUGGAAAACUACGUCUGGCCGGCAUGACGUAGCCCCAAAUGGGUCAAUGGGUACCAAUGGCAAGGAAACAAACUUCCCCAGCAUUCUUGAAGAUGGAAAACUUCUAGAUAACUUGAACCUGGGAAGAUUUUUUGAAUCACUUUCUUCUGGUAAAGGUGAUAGAAAGUUUUCAUUGGACUCACCAAGGAUUGCAGUUGCAACUCGUUUUCAGCAAUCUUUUAUGAAACUCUUACGCAACGCACAAUUCGAAGAACUUUCAGUUCAAGAUUUGCUUUUGACAAAUGCACUAAAUAGUGACUAUCUUUUGACGUUGCCAAUAUAUGUUGACUGGAAACGUGCAUCUAAAUCCCAUGCGAUAAUUUUCAGGCGUGGAUAUGCAACUGAAAGGCAAAGUGGUCUACUUAUAGCUGAGAAACUUGAUUACUUACAAUCAUCGUUGUUGCAAGGGAUCUUCUUCAAUCUUUCAAGGCCACUCAAGGAAUUCGGAAAAUGGCUCUAUGAGGCACUUAAAGGUUCCAAUAAGGCGCAAAUUUUGACGGAAAGGAUCGAUGCAGCAAAACGUUGGCUUAAGGAUCAAUAUUCUCCAGAAAGAACUUGGUCUUAUGGAGGAAAUUCCAUUGGAAAUCAGCUAAAUGGUGACAUCAUAGGAGACAGUAAGCUUCCUAUUUGUCUUGCUGCACAAAAAGCAGUCCCUCGAUAUGAAGGAUUUCUAUCAGUAGUCGGACCACGGAGAAGAUUAAUCAAGAAACUUCUUACUUGGGUUGGAUUGGUUCCUUCAACGCCAGAAGUAUCAGUUGAUUUUGAUAGAGGUACCCAAUCUUCAGAAACAGAUUUUAGGCCGAACUUCUUACAAAGAAUUACUCUCAACAACUUAUGGGAACCUGCUUCAAAGGAAUCGUGUGGAUACAAUGUUUGGAAAAUUUUGAGGACUGCUUUGUCAAUUUUGUUUUCGAGGUCAAUUCUUCAGGAGCCUGCUUUUGAAGAAUUGAUUCUUCUUUAUACUGAUGAGCUAAAUCAAAGGGAAGAUAAGGAAGAUGCUUUACCAUUGCAUUUGAAGAUUUAUGAGAGAAUACCUAUUCCAGAUCUCGCGGUCAUUUUCCCUCACAAAAAGCUGUCAUUCAGGAUUCUAGAUACGGUACGUUUGGACGUUGCAAGCAUAUUAGGGUUAUUGGCUUUUUUUCUGAAUUACAAAUUUGAGAACAUCCUUUCGUCUCCAUCUGCAGUACUACUUGAUGUGAUUGCCAUCACUGCGCUUAUAGUAUACGUGAGCCGCAUCGUCCUAGGUUAUAAGCAGACAUGGGAUAGAUAUCAGCUUCUUGUCAACAAGACUCUUUAUGAAAAAACUUUAGCGAGUGGCUUUGGUUCAGUCCAUUUUCUUCUAGAUGCAUCGGAACUGCAGCAAUACAAGGAAGCAAUUUUGCUGUAUGCAAUUUUACUGCGCCCAGUAAAAAAUGAGGAUUCGAAUCAUAAAAGCAUCGGAGCCGAGUGUGAAAUGUUCUUGUUUGACAAGUUUAAUGUACAGAUUGAUAUGCCCAUUGAUAGUGCUAUGGAUACGCUAAUGAGAUUGGGUCUUGUUUAUGAAUUUCCUGUUGAAGGAAAUCUCAAACCAAAAGCGGUUCCUUGUUCGAAGGCUUACAAACAUUUAAGAAAACGCUGGGACAGAUUAAUAGAUUUGGAGUCGUAAAAUACAUCAUACAGGUAACAUUCAAAUUCAUUCCCAUAUUUUGCCUUACUGUUUUUCCUUUUAUCUUUCUAUCCAAUGAUGUGUUGUUUCGUCGAGUAUGUAUUAAUUAUUUGGUAUAGACUUUGCUGAGAAAAAUGUCUCCCUUCUUAACAUCAGGGUUGUUUGUCAUUUUAUUUACUGAUAUAUCUAUGUUAUCUAACAAUGGGGGCAUUUACAUACAUA